AUGGAUGAAAUUAAACUUAGUGAUGAUGUAAUUGAACAAAUAAAAGAUUUUAAUCAUCGUUUUUUGAUUGAAGAACAAGAAUUGUUAAUUGAUAAACUGAUAUUAAAUGAAGAAUUAAAAGAACUUUAUAAAGAGUAUGGUUUAUGUAAUGAAUGUAAACAACCUAAUAUUGGUCAUUUUUAUUGUAAGUCGUGUAAUUUUAAACGGUUUCAUCAAAAUUUCAAAAAUUGGACAAGUGGAAAUCAUGACGUUGAUAAUUUUACUCAAAAUACACAAUUAAAAGCUAGAAAAUUUGAAGAAAUUUUGGAAUGGAUUGAACAUAAAAGUUUUAUAAAUGUUAAAUAUCUAGCCGAAGGAGGAUUUGGAACUGUUUUUAAAGCAAUUUGGGAAGAUGGAUUUAUUGGUAGUUGGGAUUCUGAAAAAAAUCAAUGGCAUAGAUUAAUGCAUAAAGAGGUUGCUUUGAAAUGUUUACAUAACUCACAAAACAUUACAACGGAAUUUUUACGUGAAAUUGAAUUGUUGCUUAUUUUAGCAGCUAAUAAAUCUGGUCGGAUAAUUCGGUGUUAUGGUAUUACUAAGGAUCCAAUAACAAAUAACUUUAUGAUAGUAAUGGAAUUAAAGAAAGGUAGUUUAAGACAACAUUUAGAUAAAGAUUUUAAUUCAUUAGAUUGGAAGAAAAAAUUAUAUAUGUUACAAGUUAUUUCAUUUGGUCUUGAAGAUAUUCAUAGUAAUGGAUUUAUUCAUCAUGAUUUUCAUUGUGGAAAUAUAUUAAGUGAUUUUAAUGAUAAAGCUUUUAUUACUGAUGUGGGAUUAUGUCAACCAGCAAAUAUGAAGAUUUCUCAAGAAGAUAAUACUUUUGGAGUAUUGCCAUAUGUAGCACCUGAAGUUUUAAGAGGAGGAGUAUACACUCAAGUAAGCGAUAUUUAUGCAUUUGGAAUUGUUGCAUAUGAAAUUUGUACAGGAUUUCCUCCUUAUCAUAAUGUGCCUCAUGACGAAUUCCUAGCUUUAAAAAUUUGUGAAGGAUUGAGACCAGAAUCUAACUAUAAAAUCCCUAAUCUAAUUUUUGACAUAAUUAAUCAAUGUUGGGAUGAAGACUCUUUAAAACGACCUAAUGUAGUUGAAUUGCGAGAGUUAUUUCGGAAGAUGUAUAAUGAUUAUAACGAAGAUUCUGUAAUUAAUAAGCAAAUUAAAGAGGCAGAUGAAAUUAACAGCAAAUCAUCAUCAUCUACAGUUAAAUCACCUUUAUUAUCAACCAGUACUCUCUCGUAUACAACACAUCCUCAAGCAAGUUACACAAGUAGGCUUUUAAGUUUUAAAAAUCUUUCAAAACUUAAAAAAACUGAUGAUAAUUCGUUUGAAUUAAUGAGAAUAGAUUAA